AUGCCAGUCUUUGAAGACUCCCCAAGUAUUAGCAAGAAUCUCAACAAUCACCUGUGUCUAGGGCUGGUCACUACCCAAAAGCCAGGAAGUGGUCACCGGAUAUCAUAUAUCGAUUCCCCAGAGGCCCUGGGAGAAGCACGAAAGGAAUGGAUGAUCGACCGUUCCGGACCUCUAUCUGGCUAUUACCUACCUCAGACGAACGCUUAUUUCCAAAGUGAGAGUAUUGUGGGCUCGCAAGAAUUGCGAGAACUCGACAUUACGAUCCAAAUGGCGUUACAGGCUGACACGAAGCCCAGCUAUGAGACCAUCUCGCCAGCCGCCGUAGUAUUCACCAGCACCCAAGGGGCUGGUGGGUCCGCGGGGGUCAAGCUAGAGUCCUCAGACCCAACCAAACUCCCUAAGAUCAACCCCACUCUUCUCUCUCCCCCCUUUGAUCGGGGCGUAGCCCUCGAAUCCGUUCGAGAAACAUUGGAGUUCCUGGACAAAGCGCUUCUAGCCAAGGACCAGGUCCACCUCGCUACCGGUCCAACGGGACACAACGAUGGAGAUAUCUCGGUGCCUUGCCUCAGUUUCAUCUGCAUUUUCUCCUCUCAUAGCGGCAUGAGGAGGCAAAGUGGGAACCCUCGCUAA